AUGGAUGCAGCAAACCUUCCAGAUUGCUGGAAAGCUAAGACCGAUCCUUCAGCGAGGGAUCCAAAUACGGCCUUUCCUCUUGAAGGCCGUGAUAUACUCAACAUACCACAAGCCGAACUGAUUUCUGCCGCAGAAACAGCACCUGCGCUUCAUGACCUUCAGAAUAACAGAGUCAGCCGCAUCACUCGCGACCUCGUUAUCAAAUCGCAUUUGUAUACACUUCGGACCGUUCCACCCAUGGCAGUUGAAAAGAGCAAAGCAUGCGGCGAGAGAUGGAGACUCACGCUGGAAGUAGAAAUGGGCUCCGCGAAGGACCUCUGA